AUGGGCAGGAAAAAAGCGAGGACAAGUGUAUCCACUCCAUAUACCGCGAUCCAACAAAGUGGAUCAAGCUCCAAGCUAUCACGUUCGACACCGUUUCAAGACCGUCACUUGUUAGAGUUUGGCCUGAAGAUUUCGGAACGCAAUCCUGAAAGUGAAGUUGUUUUUGCUGUCGCUCGCCGGUUCUGUAUUUCGUUUGGGCGAGACGAGAAAGUUGGCUCGAAACGUAAACAAACCGCAAACACGAAGUACUUCAAGCUGCCAUUUCGACCGGAGCAAUACCGAUCGCACCUCACUGGUCAGCAUUUAAAUAGAUGGGAGCACUACCUGAAGCUUUCUACCGAUGCUCAGAAUGUUUACUUUGACGAACUCCAGUCUUUUCGUUCGAGUAUUCACUCUUUCGUAAAUGAAAACCAAGCACCAGUAGUCACGUGUAUCGACCGUGACAUUGUGGACAAGAUUGUGGGUCAGAUUUUACUCGAUGAUGAUGAUGAGGAUUCAGCCUGGACGCGAGCUAAGCGGUCUAACCUGGAUCUAAGUUAA